AUGUCCGGGCAAAAUGAUGAGUUGAAGCGGCUACUUGGUAGUCCCAGCCCGGGAAGAGGUUCUGAGGACAAUGUGAUGGCUCCACCGCUCUCUACAAAUGUACCGAAACCUAGUUCUACACAAAGCAGUACUAGUAGUAAUAAUAAUAAUCCUCAAGCUUCUAUGACAGCUUCGACUCCGGCUACUGGUCAAAAAGAAGUAUUGGAACCUGUCAUACAGAACGUUGUCUCGACUGUCAAUUUAGAAACCGAGUUGAACCUAAUGAAAAUAAACGCUUGCACGCGUAACUCCGAGUACAACCCAGCGAGAUUCACUGGACUUGUCAUGAGAAUCCGUAACCCGCGAGCUACUGCGCUAAUAUUCAGAUCAGGGAAGUUAGUUUGCACUGGAGCAAGGUGCGAGGAGGACUCCUACUUAGCGACCCGGAAAUUCGCGCGAAUCAUUCAGAAAAUAGGCUUUCAUGUGAAGUUCAAGGACUUUAAAAUUCAGAAUAUCGUGGCGACUUGCGACCUGAAGUUUCCGAUAAAACUAGAGAGCUUAUGCGAGUCUCAUGGUAAUUUUACUUCCUAUGAACCGGAAUUGUAUCCUGGACUCAUUUAUCGGUUAAUUGCUCCAAGGAUUGUUUUGCUUAUUUUUGUAAAUGGAAAAAUUGUUAUGACAGGAGCAAAAGACCGAGAAGAUUUGACAACAGCUCUCAGUAAAAUAUACACAACGCUGCUGAGCUAUCGGAAAAAAUAA